UUCUACUGCUGUUCACGUAAAUGUCGUUAAUCCCGGUUCCUCGAUGGCACUUGAUGAACCGGUUGGACACAAACUAUAUUCAUAAAGACUUGACUGAGAACGAAAAAAAAAUCUUUUUAAUUAUAAUAUUUGAUUUUCUCAGUGAGUGAACUGAAAGAAACAGCAUACGAGGCUUUUGAUUUGACCUAGUUUUCCUUUCCUCCAGCAGUUAGGUGGCUCACUAAUCCGAACAGAUACUUGUUAGCUAAUCUAAUCUGAGUUAGUUAAUCCUUUCCCUCUUCACUCCAGCAGCAGGCAGGGUAACGGAAUUGAGGAGGAGUGACCACCGUUCUCCGUUUGACUGAGAAGACUCACCCAGUUUGGGGACUCUGUACGUAGAUAGAGUUACACUUUGCCUGAACUAUGGAGGAGAAACUUGGAAGUAGUCAAACGGAAAGGUGACGCGGCUGUGGAGUCUAGCAAAACCAACUUGGACAGCAAAGGUUGAGCACAGUGCAGCUCAUCGGGGCAUGAGAGCCUCCAACUUUGCGCCUUGCAAAGAAACGAAACGAUGGCUGCAUACGGAAGGAGGAAACGGCCCAAGUUACUUAUUUUAAUAGUUGGUGCCAUUUUGCUGGGAUAUGUUACAUUUUUCAAACGCAAGUCGGGGGAAGUGAGCUUGACGAACCGACGGGAAGUCACAGGAGAGGAAGAGUAUGAGCUCCUUAAGAAGCCAGUCUACGAGAAGCCCCCCUUGGAUUUAAACGCUCUGGGAGAACUGGGCAGAGCCGUGAAACUGAAUCUGAACGAAGAGGAGAAAAGAAAAGAAGAGGAAAGUAUCAAAGCGCACCAGAUUAACACUUAUGUCAGUGAUAAAAUAUCACUGCACCGCAGGCUGCCAGAGAGAUGGAACCCACUCUGCAAAGAGCUGAAGUAUGACUACAGGUCCUUGCCCACGACCUCUGUGGUGAUUGCUUUCUACAACGAGGCCUGGUCCACCCUGCUGAGGACUGUUCACAGUGUGCUGGAGACGUCUCCUGACAUCCUGCUGAAAGAGGUGGUGCUGGUGGAUGACUACAGUGAGAAAGCUCAUCUCAAGGAGCCACUGGACAAGUACGUCUCAGGUUUGAAUAAGGUGCGUCUGAUCCGGGCCACAAAGAGGGAGGGGCUGGUGCGGGCCCGGUUGCUCGGGGCAUCCAUCACCACAGGCGAGGUUCUGACCUUCCUGGAUUGUCAUUGCGAGUGUCACGACGGCUGGUUAGAGCCCGUGCUCCACAGGAUCAAAGAGGAGCCGGAGGCCGUGGUGUGCCCCGUCAUCGACGUGAUAGACUGGAACACCUUCCAGUAUUUAGGCCAUGCUGGGGAACCUCAAAUCGGAGGGUUUGAUUGGCGGUUGGUCUUUACCUGGCACACCAUCCCCGACUACGAACAGAAACGCCGACGUUCACCCGUAGAUGUCAUCAGGUCUCCUACUAUGGCAGGUGGUCUGUUUGCUGUGAGGAAGGACUUCUUCCAUUAUUUGGGAACAUAUGACACAGGAAUGGAGGUGUGGGGAGGAGAGAACCUGGAAUUCUCUUUCAGGAUUUGGCAGUGUGGGGGCAGCCUGGAGGUCCACCCGUGCUCCCACGUGGGUCACGUCUUCCCGAAAAAGGCACCUUACUCACGGAGCAAAGCGUUGGCAAACAGCGUGAGAGCAGCUGAGGUCUGGCUGGAUGAAUACAAGGAGAUCUACUAUCAUCGUAAUCCCCACGCACGCCUGGAGGCCUUUGGAGAUGUAACGGAGCGGAGGAUGCUCCGAGAGAAGUUGGGCUGCAAGAGCUUCAAGUGGUACUUGGAUAACAUUUAUCCCGAUAUCCACGUCCCACAUGAUCGGCCAGGCAUGUUUGGAAUGCUUAAGAACCGGGGCAAGACCAACUACUGUUUUGACUACAACCCUACAGAUGAGAAUGCGGUGGUGGGCGAAAGGGUCAUCCUCUAUCUGUGUCAUGGAAUGGGCCAGAACCAAUUCUUUGAAUACUCUGUGAAUGGUGAGAUCUCUUACAACACAAGGGAACCUGCUGGAUGCGUCGCGGGUGACAGCAUCAGUACCUACUUGACUGUCCAGCUGUGCAGAAAACGAGGGCAGCCUGUACCUUCAGACCAGAAAUUUGUCUUCAAAAAGGAUGGGAGUUUGUACCACGUCCACAGCCAGAAGUGUGUUGAGGCAAUAGACAAUACAGACAACGGGACACCAGCACCCUCACUCCAACCCUGCUCUGAUAGCCUCCACCAGAAGUGGUUCUUUGAAGAGAAAAUGUAAUACUCCAACCCUAGGAUAUGUUUUUCUUAACCUUAACGGACGUCAAAUGAGGUUGUGCUUCCUUUCAAACUUAAACCUCCUAUAAAUUCUUGCUCACUGGGUGAAAUCUAUCUGUAUUUACUUUCUACAGUACUUACUGGAUACUGCAUAUACACUUGUUGGGAAAACCAAGCCUAUAGGACUAUGCAUUAUUUUUCUCAUUAAAGAAACAAGUGCUGCUUUGCACAUGGGAAUAUUUUUGGGGGGCUGGUUUUCAUUUACCUACUCCACGCCUGUUGCAGUCUUUUAGUUUGCAUGCAAAGCUUUACCCAGAAAGAGGGAAAGGCACAAAGAAAGCUGUGCAUCCAUAUAGAAAGAAAACAGCGGCUUCAUAAAUCUGUCAGCAAACUCUGACCAUCUUACGAGCUAGCAUCUGGAAUUGCAGUGAUGUUCAGAGGCAUGUCAUGAGGCGUUAUUUUAUAUUCUUGUCUUAUCCUCUAGAGGGGGCUAAAUCUCCUUUCUGUACAUUCCCUUCUUGUAUUGGGCUCUCUUUCUGAGUAGGAAGUGGAACAAUUUUUCAGGUAUUUAGUUGAGAGCCUUUUCAGGACAUUUAAAGUGCUUGUCACUCCUUGCUACGUACCAGGGACUUAAUAAAAAAAAAAAGGCAUUGUGCAAGUACCUAGUACCUCUUCAACGUAAUCACCAACUACUGAUAACAGGAGAAUCUCCAUAUGUAUUCUGUUCUUGUGUGCUUUGUAGGAAUAUGAAUCGGAGGUAAAAAUGGCUUAGACCGUUUUGCUAGCUUUUAAAAUAUUUUUUUUUCCCAGCAUAAUUCUGUUUUGUGCUCUUUAAUGAAAUGCAGCUUGAAAAGACUAAAUUAUAGCCAUAAUUUAAGGAUUCACUUCAUGUGGUGUGUCAAGUAUGUUUUUAAAUGAUUUAUUUUAGAGAUGAGUUUAAUUAUUGUGUAAUUUUGAGGCAAUUCGUAUGCACAGACGUGGAAGCGUUCUCCCUUACGAAUCGCUCUGUGGGGUUGCCCUGAUCUCGUUCUGUGUCCAUCUGUUAGGCUCAGAAAACUAUAGAUCCCUCUGAAGCGCCGCUGUGGUCACUAGUGUGGCUGCCCUGCAGGCUCUGCAGGGAGUCCAAGGGGAACACAGUGGAGGAGCAGACGGUUGUCGGUGUCUUCAGGCUGCUGGGAUGCCAGAUGGUUUCCUGAUUGAUUCUCUGGUCCUCUUCAAAUUCUUUAUCACCUCUUCUUUCUAUGUGUGUCAAAGGUGUUCAGUGGAGGGCUUAUCUUUUGGACUCGCGCCAGCCAAAUCCUCCUCAGAUGAAUACUUGUAUACUUGUGUGCUUUGGGUUUGAUUUAUGAACAUAAGACAUAAAGAGCAGAGUUUGUGACAGCAGAAGCAGAUGAUGGAGGAGAUUGAAUGAAGCAAUUUGCGACCUUUUUCUCACCAUUAACCUUCUCAGGCUGUUUGCCCAUCAGUCUGAAAGGAGUUCUGUUAUAAACUGAUGUUAGGGGACUUUUGUGCUGAAAUGGAUUUUUGUUAUUGAUUGAGAAUAUAUGCUCAUAAAAUGAAAGAGCAGGAAAAGAAAAAGACAUUUUAUACAGUGUCAUUGCUGUGACUUGAGCAGUCAAGAUCCCUUCUGUUGCCAAAUUGAAUGAAUGUAAGGCCUCAGUCACACAGGCAUAAAGACCUGUUGGUGACCAUCUGGCAACAACCGGUCACAAGGGAAAAAUGUGUAUUCCUCGACAGGUUGCAGAUGGUUGCUGGAGGAUGCUAGCAGUGGCUGUGAAAUUGAUUGCUAAAACUCCAUGAGACCGGUCAGUGAGUGAAAACCUUGAGUUUGCUUCGGUUGCAGGCAGUUUGU